AUGAUUACUAUUACCUACCCGAUUCCUAGGGACUCACCUGCCUCCCUCGUUGGACGUGUUGGACACGUCCAACAUUGUAGCGAUUUUUGUUCUAAUUAUUUCUUCUUCGCAAGGGAUCACAAGGAUGCAGGCGUGGACGAGGCCCUCGCCCGUGCAAACGACGCCCUUGCCCGUGCAAACGAUUCUCUUGCCCGCGCAGCUGAGGCUAAUCAGCGGGCAACCGACGCUGACCAGCAGGCAUCAGACGCCAACAUGCGAGCAAUCGAGGCCGACCUGCAGGCCCUCAAGGCUGUCGACCGCACUCUAGCAGGAGAGAAGCACACAAUGGAUCUCGCUGUCCACGCUGCCGAGGCCAGGCUGCAGACUGCCGAGGCUGCCGACCGCGCUAGCGCCGCUGAGAAGCGCGCCGCUGAGAUAGUCCUAGAGUUGGCAGCAGAGAAGGAGCGUGCCAGCAUGGCCAUCGACAGAGCAAACAAGCGCGCCAUGAAGGCGACGGCGCAGACAGCUGAGGCCAUGGUCAGCGCGGCCAAAUAUACUGAUCGCGCCCGCGCUGCUGAAAAGCGCGCUGAGGCAGCUGAGUUUCGUGCUAAGAAAGCCGAAGAGGCUAUUUCUAGCGCUAAUUCCCGCGCUAGUGCUGCCGAACACCGCGCCCGGGCUGCUGAGAAGAGCGCUGAAGAUGCCAAUGCACAGGCCGCUAAAGCCAUCGCCUGUGCUAAGGACGCCAAGAAUCGCGCCGGUGCUGCUGAAAAGCGCACCCUGGCUGCUGAAAAGAGCGCCAAAGAUGCGAAUUCGCGAGCCAAGGCAAUCCUCGCCAGUAACAAUGAGGCCAUCGCUUGCGCGGCAGAGGCGGUAGCCCGCACCAACGCGUGCACUGACAAAGCCGACGCAUGGCUGGCCAACGCGCCCAAGGCCCACCGCACUGAUAUGGAGGAGGUGGAAAGGGUGCAGGCUGCUGAAAUGGCACUCUAUGGCCACACCUCUUGCUCCCAAGCAUUGGCGGUGGCCAUAGGGAGGGUAAAGAGGGUUGGUGACGACGAGCCAAUUUUGCCUGCCCUCGCCAAAGUACGGCAGCUAACCGUGCUCAAAUAG